AUGGUGGGCCUCAUGCCGACCUGGCAGCAUCUGUUGCAGUCGCCAGAGGUGGAGAAGUACGACUGGCUGCUGAAUUUGGAGUUCGACCACCUGCUGCGGGUCCGCCAGCUGCGUUUGUCCAUAGCCACCUACCUGGCACGGCUGUCGUCGGAGGCGAAGGCGGCGGAGACGGACCCGCUGCUGCUGAUGUUCGGCAACGCCUUCCUCUUCAACCGCGGCAUGGUGAAGGACAUGAAGCGGCAGUGGUCUUCCCUGGGGCGGACGGCACCGCCAGGUCACUCGGCCAGCGGGUGUCCGAUGUUCAUGGAGGGCCACUUCGAGUGGCCGCAGUCCUGCUCCCAGGACAUCGUCUACCCCACGCUGGUGACGCUGAUGUCGCCCCCGGUGGGCGCCUUCGGGGCCCCGGGCUGCGGCCAGCCGCCUGGGGAUCAGCUGCCGCUGGCGUGCUUCGAGUUCCAGAGGCAGCCCGUGCACGACACCGGGCUCGACCAGCUGAGCCUCGUCAAGGAGGUCGCGGCGUUGGCCCGCGGCCUCGACGCGUCGGCCGCGGAGAGCUCCAACGCCACGGCGGCGCUGUUGCGGGGCGCCAAGGAUGUGCCGCUCUUCCACCACUUCAGCGACCCCGCGGCGCGGCGCGCCGCCGUGGAGCUGCUGGGCGCCUGA